AUGGCUCUCCCCCUUUUCAUCCCUCCAUGCAUUUUCGCACCGGCCAGAUGUUACCAUUUUCCACCGUCGGAUAAGCCGCUCAGGAUUCAAAUCGAAGGCCCAACAAUCGCUAUAGAAAAGCUUCUCCCUCAUACUGUCUGGCGUCCUGAAUUUGGGAACGAACCGUUCCCUCAGCAAGCAGGUCCGGAGCUAGCUCGAUUGACUUACCAGACAGUCUACGGACACGAUGUUCUUCCAGAUAUUCCGGGUGACUUAGUGGUGCGCGACGAGUACUUGGGUUGGGUGUCCGAGAAGUAUCCAGAACCAGUGAUUGAUUAUUAUGGCGUGACAUUUGACCAUUUUGUUCCACCUAAUGAUCCUAAUCCGGAAGUGUUACAGAUCAAUAUUAUUGAGAUCGAGAACGAUAAUGGGGCCUACGCAAGCGAAGGGCUUUUGUUUGCGGUAGACCCAACUGACUUUAUUGGAAAGAAGGUACUAGCAAUCCCGAGAUGUUGCCAGGAGAGAAAGGGAACACAGGAUCGUUGGCGAGUGAAUGCUGGUGUGGACUACAGAAUCAAUGGCCGAAACCAUUUCAAGUCACAGAAGGAAUGGAAAGAAUAUAUAGCAGAGAAUACAGCAAAGCAGUCGACCUAA